GAAGAGCAGCCCGCUCAACCGGAAUACCUGGCUAAGAACCCCGCUCUCAGUCAGUUCUUUGACCGCCUGCCUGCCAUUCUCUCUGCGACCGGCCACUUUGAAAUGUGGGGUGUGACCUUGAAGGACUCCCAAGAUAUCCCCACGAUCAACGUGCUCAUCAAGUUUCUGCGUGCCAAUGAAGGCAACCUUAAAUUGGCCGAAGAGCAGCUAACCAAGGCUCUGCAAUGGCGUAAGGAGAUGAACCCUAUUGCGCUGACUGAAGGCCGAUAUAAUGCUGAAAAGUUCGGCGGUCUCGGCUAUGUGACCAAGUACACCGAGACGGAUGGUCAGGAGGUGAUAGUUACGUGGAAUAUCUAUGGAAGUGUUAAGAAUGUAGAGGCCACGUUUGGUGAUUCGGAUGAGUUCAUUAAGUGGCGGGUGGCACUGAUGGAGCUGGCAGUCAAGGAUAUGAAGCUGAGCGAGGCAACGACCGUGAUCGAAUAUGAUGGAGAGGAUCCAUACCAGAUGCUUCAAGUCCACGACUACUUAAAUGUCAGCUUCCUCCGUUUGAAUCCCAGCAUCCGUGCAGCGACCAGAAAGACCAUUGAGGUGUUCGCCACCGCGUACCCGGAGCUGCUGCGCGAGAAGUUCUUCGUCAACGUCCCUGCUAUUAUGGGCUGGAUGUUCGCCGCGAUGAAGGUCUUUCUCAGCAAGAACACCACGCGCAAGUUCCACCCCAUUUCGAACGGCGCCAACCUGGCCCGCGAAUUUCCGGCUUUGAAGGACCAGUUCCCUAAGACCUACGGUGGAAACGGUCCUUCCUUGCAGGAAAGUGCCUACACCGUCAAAUUGGAACAGAGUGCUCCC